AAGGUUUACUGUAGGACUAACUUUUCCCUUCUGUAUCCUUUCAGGAAACAUUGCGAUUGCCGUACUUCUGACCCUUGGUGUUCAGAUGUCUCUGUGCCAGUCUACAGGCACAGCCACGACGACGCGGUACUGGGACUGCUGCAAGACCACUUGCGCCUGGAGCGCCAACGCUGGCAGUGUGACGGGGCCGGUGGAAACGUGUGCGGCGGGCGGCGCGACAGUGGUGGACGCCAACACUCAGAGCGGCUGCGCUGGCGGCAGUGCCUAUGUGUGCAACACCCAACAGCCUUUCGUCCAGGACGGCCAGGCCUAUGCUUUCGCGGCAGCCAACGUUAACGGCCUUGCCACCAGUUCGCUCUGCUGCGCUUGUUACACCCUGACAUUCAACGCUGCACCUGUGCAGGGACAGAAACUCACUGUGCAAGUCAUAAACACCGGAAGCGACUUGAAUAGCAACCAAUUCGAUCUGCAGAUUCCUGGUGGUGGGUUUGGUAUGUUCACUGAGGGUUGUCCGAAGGAGUGGCCUGCUUAUACAUCCUCAGCGUGGGGGGCGCAGUACGGUGGCGUUGCAAAUAGGACACAGUGCAACAACCUGCCUAGUGCGUGCGUUCCCAGGCUGCCGGACUACCGUCAGGAACAAGCACAGAAUUUGUUCCAUCAAGGAUCAGCUGCUACGGCCCCCCGAAAAGCCAUCCGCGUAGCACGGGAGCGCUACUUUGAUGCCGUCCGGUGUCAAAACCUUGCUGGAACAAAUUCUCCAAAUUUCAAGCAAGGUUCAGCUGCUACGCCCUCCCGAAAAGCCAUCCGCGUAGCACGAAACCGCUACUUUGAAGCCGUCCAGGGAUUAUACCUUGCUGGAACAAAUUCUCUAAAUUUCAAGGUGCGUUCUCAGGCAUCAGGACUACCGUCAGGAACAAGCACAGAAUUUGUUCCAGCAAGGUGGCCGGACUACCGUCAGGAACAAUCACAGAAUUUGUUCCAGCAGGAUUCAGAAGCUACGGCCCCCCGAAAAGCCAUCCGCGUAGCACGAAACCAUUACUUUAUAGCCGUCCAGGGCCUAUACCUUGCUGAAACAAAUUCUCUAAAUUUCAGGGUGCGUUCCUAG